UGACAGUGACAGUGUGCACAGCGCGAUUUGGCAGCCCCAAUUGAAUGGACCCAGGUCAGGCUUGGGCCGCACAGUUCCUGUAUUGGAUGAGGCGCCCUGAUCCUCGUAACGAAGUCAAAAAGGGCAGUAUGGUCUUAGCAAGCUUCGUAUAGGCUACAGGCAUGCGGGGUUCUUCCGUCAGGGGAUAGAAGCUCUUGUGUAGAAGCCAGCAUCCUUGAAUACAAGGAGCUGCGCAAGAUAGAAACCCGUCUUGCAAAGUCUGCAGGAUGAAGGAAGAAGACCUCAAUCGCAUCGUCCUCUCAUAUUUGAAGAAGAAAGGGUAUCGAAACGCUGAGGCUGCCUUCAAGUCUGAAAGCAAAACGCAGUCGCUCCAGGAAAUGGUAAACGGGCAGGAGAAUGAUCUAGACGUCAGCAUUUUGAACCAUGUCUACCUCUAUGUCAAGGGUGAGAAUAGCCCCAGCCGCUAUGGCGAGAGCUACAGCAAACUUCAGGCCUGGGUGCACGAUUCGCUGGACCUCUACAAGAACGAGCUCUCCCGCAUACUGUACCCCAUCUUCGUGCACUGCUUCUUGCAGCUGGUGGCAAAGGGCUACCCAACAGAAGCCCGCGAGUUCUUCCAGGCGUUCAAGGCCGACCACCAGAGUGCACACGGCCGAGACCUCCAGAAGCUGGAGGGGGUCAGCAACCCGCAGCAUCUGCUGGACAAUGACCUCGCCAAGAGCUACCGUGAGAAUAAGUUCUCCGUCAAGCUGUGUCAGUACUCGUGCGAGCUGUUGAUCUCCUUCCUGCACGACUCGGAGAUGAUGCUCAUGCUCAGCCUGGUCAAUGAGCACCUCAACCUCGAAGUCGUGCCUGGUCAGCCGUCUCCGCUGCCCGAGGAGGACGAGGCGUUCACGGUCACUGGGAAGCCGCAGGAGGCGCUCGAGAACCUCAACCGGAGCGAGAUCCGAUGGGGGCAACUGGAGGACGGGAUCGAGCAGCGGUUUGAGGAGAAAAUGGCAGAGGAAGCGGCCGAGGCUGCUAACGAGGAGAAGAAGGAAGGAGACCCCAGCAAGCCCCCCUCCAAGAAGCUCAAGAAAGACGGGAAGGCAGGGGGCGGCGCGAAGGCGGGCAAGCAGGGGGCCAAGGCCGCGGCGUCUGGCGCCACGCGGGUGCCCAGCGUUAUCCCGCUGCCGCGGCUGAGCGAGGAGGUGGAGGGCCUCGCCUUCGAGGACCUGCGCAAGCGCGUGCAGCUCGGCUCGGCCGCGCUGCCCUCCGUCUGCUUCUACACUUUCAUGAACCACUACAACAGCCUCAACACGGUCGCCCUCUCUCAGGACGGCUCCAAAGUCGCGGCCGGCUUCUCGGACUCGUCCGUAAAGGUGUGGGACAUGUCCAAACGGACGGUCAGCCAGCCGCAAGCCCAGUCCGCCGAGGCGCGGACGUCCGAGGGCGCGGGCCCGGGGCCGGGCAGCCAGUCGCAGGCUGCGUCCGCUCCCGGCUCGAUGGGCUACUCGCUGUUCCAGGCGCACUCGGGGCCGGUGUACGGGGCGGACUUCAGCCCGGACGACCGGUUCCUGCUGUCCUCGUCCGCGGACACGACCGUGCGGUUAUGGAGCAUGGAACUGGGCGCCAACCUGGUGUGCUACAAGGGUCACAACUACCCCGUGUGGGACGUGCGGUUCAGCCCGCUGGGGCACUACUUUGCGACGGCAUCCCACGACCGGACCGCGCGCAUCUGGUCCACCGACAGGGUGCACCCGCUGCGAAUCAUGGCGGGACACCUGUCUGACGUGGACUGCGUGCGGUGGCACCCCAACUGCAACUACGUUGCGACCGGGUCCAGCGACAAGACGGUGCGGCUGUGGGACGUGUCUUCCGGGGAGUGCAUGCGCAUCUUCACGGGCCACCGUAGCACCAUUCUGUCCCUGGCUAUGUCGCCCGACGGCCGCCACAUGGCGUCCGCGGACGAGGACGGGACCAUCAUGGUUUGGGACCUGGGUUCCGGCCGGAAGGUGGUAACGCCGCUCCUGGGGCGGAACGGGUGUGUGUGGUCGCUCGCGUUCAGCUCGGAAGGCUCUCUGCUAGCCUCUGGUUCAGAGGAUAACUGUGUCCGCAUCUGGGAUGUUGGCGCGAGCACACGGGCGCCGAAGGGUGAUGACAAACCAGGCACUGCUCGGCGGUUACGGCUACUGAAAACGCUACCAACAAAGCAUACCCCCGUUUACUCCCUCCAGUUCUCCCCUCGGAACCUCCUGUUCGCUGCUGGGGCAGCUCAAAGACCCAAAAGUUAGUGACACGAUAAAAAUCAGGUUCCUUGUAUCACCCCUCUACAGCCCUCGUGCCUUCCGACAUAAUGUCAUGCAUUAUUGUAGCCAUUAUCAAGCAAUCGUAGUGGUGGCGAUUGCAACUUGAUGCCACUGGCGUGAUUAAAGUGUUGCAGCCAAUUCGAUCAUUCUUUCUUCCGAGCUUGGGUUGCUCCAGUUUUAACUGAACUUCGUUGACCA